CGUGCAGCUAGACGGAGAGAUUGAACGUCAUCUCCCUUUUCUUCCUCCUCCUCCUCCUCCUCCUCCUCCUCUUCCUCUUUGUCUUGUUGUUGACGCGGGCUGUCAUUCCGCACUGGAUUUAUUUGGGGGAGCAGCACCUGACUGAUUAUCUGAAGGGCAUAGUUAAGAGAUUGUGUGGCGACCACUUCAGGGUGUACCCUGCCUCUCGACCGGAGUCAGCUAGGAUAAGCCCCAGCAUGCCUGCAACCUUACUGAGGAUCACUGGUCCAGAAAAUGGAUGGAUGGAUGGAUAGAUGGGCAUAAUUCACAAAACACUGUCAUUUGUGAUUUCAAGUGCAGUUCAUUUUUACACACUUUGCAUUGUCAUCAUUUCUCAUAUUUAUUUUGUUUCCUACAUGUAAAGUCUGUCUCUCUGUGCCCUGGGAUUGGCCGGCAACCAGUUCAGGGUAUACCCUGCCUCCUGCCCGACGCCAGCUGGGAUAGGCUCCAGCACUCCCGCAACCCUCGUGAGGAUAAGCGGCUCAGAAAAUGGAUGGAUGGAUACAUAUAUACGGUAUAUAGGUGGUGUGAUGUCCCUAUUGUGCUUCUUGCAGAGCAGUGCUAGUCUCUUCUUACUUCCAACUAACACUGCUGGCUAGGAUUUAUCCAAAACAGGUAGCUGAGUGUGUAAGUCUUCCUCUGCCUGUACUACAUAACCUCUCCACUACAAGACUUAGGCUUCAGUGGCUCCACCGCACCGUCACCUGGGCAACUGAGUACCUCGCGGACUCAGGCAGAACUGGCAAGGACUUGGAGGAGGUUUGGCUCCCAGACAUGUGGUGUACAGGUCUAUCAGCAUGUGGAUAUGCACUGGUGCCUCACUAACAAAACCCCAAGCUAUGGACAAUUAGCUCCACUACCUGAACGAAUUUGGGGAGAGAAGCAGGCUAAGGGAGUAAAGCCUGACAGAAAAUCCAGAGCCGGAGUCCCUAAGGCGGUUCAACGCUCUACUCAGCCUGUUCCGGCAACUCCUGUGACAGUGCAAGAACCAUGUGUACUGGAGUCUGCCUUUCCAAUGGAUACUUCUGUCAACAUGGAGAGGGGGGACCAACUGCAUGAGUAACAGUAUGGUUUCCAUACACUUCUACCCAGCCAUUUGCACACUGGAGAGGACUCUCCAGCUUCGCUAGCCUGACCAGUCACACCAGAUGAUGUCUUCAACUCCAGCGGGAAUGCUCAUUGUCUCCAGAGACUUGGAUGCCGAAGGAAUAUAUACAGUAUAUCCAUCCAUCCAUUUUCUUAGCCGCUUAUCCUCACGAGGGUCAUGGGAGUGUUGGAGCCUAUUUCAGCUGUGAACAUAUCAUGCAAACUCCACACAGGCGGGGUCGGGAUUUGAACCCUGGUCCUCAGAACUGUGAGGCCAACGCUGUACAGCUGCGCCACCAUCCCGCUGAAUUCCUAGUUUAAUUCCUACUUAUGUAAAAACAUGCACACCCUGUAUUUAAACAGUUAAAAAUACAUACAUUUAAAUCAACUUAAAUGUCUUGAAUCUCUUAUCUUUUUGGUUGCGGUUGUGUUGGCAUCAGUGGAUUAAUGUGGAGAGAGGGAAGGAGGAAGUGUUACACUAAAGUCACACUCCAUGAUUGGACUCGGUAAUUUUCCAGUCGCUUCCCCAUUUCUUAUCUGUGGCCUUUGCUUUGUAAUGCUAGUAACUCAUUUGGCCUCACUAGCUGUCUGUUAUUACUAACCCUUACAAUAAAACUGUUGACUUAUCCAUAUGAUACUGGAUAGCAACAGCCAUAACAAAUAUGCACCUCAGGUUUUGGAGUAACAUAAUUUCUUGAGAGCAUAUUAUGUUCUCAUCGAAGCAAUGCCAUUUUCCACAACGUCCCUGCUUAUUUCAGAAAUGUCAAGCCGCAUUCACAUUACUACAACAGUGUGCCUUCAAAGUAAGUGCCAGGACUAGAUUGGGCUGCCAGCAGUCAGACCUCUCUCCUGGUGAAAAUGUAGAGGGUAUUAUGAAGUGUAAACUAUAACAACGGAUACCCCAGACAUUUGAGCAAUUGAAGUUGUACAUCAUUCAAGAAUGGGAACGAAUUCCACCCAACAGAGCUUUAAUAAUUUGUGUCCUCCGUUCCCAAACGCUUAUUGAGUGUUGUUAAAAGGAACAUGUUUUUUUUGUAACAUGUUCCAGGCAUCAAAUUGAAAAAUGAGUGAAUAGUUAUCGUGACUAUCAGUUUUAAUAUGAAAUAUAUUGUCUUUGUUGUGAAUGAAAUAGAAUAUAGAAUUUAAUUCCUGAUUUGAGAAAGAUGGCAUUAUGUCUUCGCAGAACACAGGUCACAGUUUUUGGGAUCAGGUUGACUUUUGCUUUUUUCUUUUUAUACUUUGCUUGAGUUCUCAACUUGGACCAAAAAGCUCCCUCUUCAUCCCAUUUUAAGGAAGUUGUGUUUUGUUUAUUGAUAGUUUUCCAGGCAUGUCCAGCGUGAUACAUGGUCUGGAAUAAAAGAAAGGGUUUCAGUGAUAGAGAAGAGAGUAAUGCUUGCCUCCUAGCCAAGAAGCUGCAUUAUUAGACUAUGGAGGGUGACCGCGUGUUAUUCAUCACACAAGCUAACAUUUAUCCCUUCCAGGAUUUGAACCUGAUGAAUCCUCCCAUUGCAUCGGGUGGUGGUUCCAAUCAUGCAGUGACUCACAGCAUGGGUAGUAGUGACUGAUCUCGGACCAAUGCGAUAAAUCCAUAAUAGGUCCUCCUAGGGGAGGUUAAAUCAUGCAAGAUUCUUGUAGCGUGUGCUGGCUAAGGUGAAGGAUCUGUCAUUUAUGUCAUUUGUGCAAUGCUUCUAUGUGAAGCCAGUUCCUCUUUCACAUCCUCUGAGAAGCUUGGCCUCCUCUCCACGUCAGCAGAAGCAAACUGUUCUCUAAGCUUGCAGCUUUGGUAACCGGGGGUUAUAUUUGUCUUUAACACAUGUGGGUCACGGGGGCCUCACUGUGCAAGACUCAAAAGGGGGAGGAGGAAUAUUUGAAGAGGUUACGGCACUGACAUGCAGAGUGACGUUCAUGUUUCCUGUGCAUGUUUUGCUAUUAACACAACUUUGAUUCAAGGCCAAAUUGUACUCCUCCAAAGCUUGUGUAUAUUCUACUGUGAAAAAAUAUGAGGCCACAACUAGCGUGUUAGUUGUGUGAAUGAACUUUUUCAUACCAACAGGUAUGGCACAAAUACAAAUAAAAUUCUGCAAGGUGUUUUACAAGACAAAUGUUGUCAAUAUUUGUGAGCCCCAAUAUUAAGAGGAAAAUUUGAGGAUUUAGGGAGAAGACGUUUUGUGAGUUUAGUUAGAUUAAUAAGAAUUAAGUUCUUGUAAAGUGAGAAAAUGAUGGAAUUUUGUGAGAACAACAUUGACAAUAAGUAACUUUGUGCACUAAACUACUUUUUAAGUGUCAAAAUAUUAAGUGAAACGUAAUUCAGUUUGCAGAAUCUUUUUUGAGAAUAGCCUCAAUUUGAUUUAAAAUAAAGUCAUUAUUUUUUAAAAAUAUGAAAAAAAUGGGAAAUAGGAGUACUUUUAUGAGAAAUUAGUUUUUUAAAAUUAUUAUUUUUCUUGUGACUAAAAUCCCGAUACAAGGACAACACAAUAUUAUGAAGAUUUUUUGUUAUUUCUUGAGGCAAAAGCUUUAAUUUCAAAAUAUUUUUUAAAUGUAAUUUCUUUGAAUAGGUUUGGUGUUUUUCCACAGGGGAAAAAGGCCCACGUAAGAUUCCAAAAGGUUCAGCAAAUAUGAACACCACCUUUGAACUUCAAUUUGUAUCUAGUUCUGGAGUGUAUGGGAGCUUGCGUGGGCCUCUUUGUCUUCAAACGACGCCAUUUUGGAAUCUCAAAGGGCUCAUUGCAUUCCUCACCACAACUGAGUAUAGCCCAGACUGGGGCAUCUCUGCCACACACAAGUGACUUCCAGUCAUCUUCUCUCACGAAAUGCGACGCGACGGAAGGGCUCGCCGGACAAAGCUAAAAUGAGUCCAAAUUAGCCCCUUCCAAAUAGCACCUUCAACGCCACUGCCACAGCUUGGCCUCUUUGUAUAAAACUUGCCCUCCCCGCAGCCACUUGCUGUGGUCACAGAAGAUUCCACGCUUUCCGUUUUGUAGCCUUCGCACAAAACCUUGAGCUGUUUCACGAACAAAAACCUGCCUGGUCUCAGCCAGGAGGAAGUUCGUGGCCCAUUCCAAACAUAGAAUGAAACUGUCUGUCCGUUCAUCCAUCAGGCCAUCUGUCCAUCCUUCUGUUCUCUGUAUGAUGAGUGGACUGCAGCCUAUCCCAGCUGAGUUUAGGCAAUAGGUGGGGUUCACCCUGAACCGGUCAGCCAUGGAAAAUAUGUGGUAGUGUAACCACUUUUCAAGGAAUGCAAUGAUGUGUAAAAAAUUCAAAUAAAUGCAACACAGUGCUUCAAGUAUGGCUACCAUUUAUAAAGCAAAAGUAAUUUUAGGAAAACAAAACUGUCAACUUGGUCUGAAGAGUUGACUAUGAUGUCUCAGUCUGAACCUGCAUGUAAAAGUACUAUGUAGAUAAAAGAUGAAAAUGAAUAUUGUUGAUGUAUGAGAUGUGUUGUUUCACAAGUAGAUAAAUGGAUCCCAUAUUUUCUCUCUGUGCUGAGCUGUAAAUAAGUAAUAAUGAAUUAAAAAAAAUGAAAUUUGAAAUUAGAAUUAGGGAUAUGUAUUUGUGAAAGAUGUGCUAUUUUUACUAUAUACUAUACUUUAUCAGAAACAAAAAUAUAUUUUUACAGAUAAAUAGGACAAAGUAUAGCGUUACAUGGUUUUCACUUACUCCACAUGUGGGAUGGUACGAAAAUUAAUGAGGUGGGAAAAAGGUCACACUUAGGUGUGCCAAUCACCGCCGCAAACCUUUUAUCAUUAUUUUUAUGUUAAUCUUUUUGUUUGCUCCACUUGUUCCACUGCGAUUUCGAAGCACUGGUGGGCUGCUGCAUCUGGUCGUCAUCAGGACCUGUGGCUUGCUUGGACUCUCACCAAGCCCAGCUCAGCCAGAUUCAAGGAGGCUUUAUAGCUGAUGUCAGCAGACUUUAAGCAGGAGUCAAUCAGCAAAGGCAGAUCUUCAAAGAAGGAAACAUUGUGUUGAUGGAUUUAAAAUGAGCGUUGGAGAUUCUGAAUUUGCAUUAAACUACAAAGUCUUCUGGACUGAAUGGCAUGUGUCAGGAAUCCAGAGAAGAUAGACCUAUGGGUAUUUACACAACUUUUCCAUAUCAUGAACAUUUGUGUUGGACUCUUGACAGGUUUGAGUUACCGGGAUGGACGAGCAGUCCCAUGGCAGUCCCCAGCAUGGUGGUUUUAAAACCGGCGUUGAGGCCCACCAGGGAAGGCAGGGUGUCAUCAAGUGUGGGUGGCUCAGGAAGCAAGGUGGUUUCGUCAAGACGUGGCACAACCGGUGGUUUGUCCUGCGAGGGGACCAGCUCUUCUAUUACAAAGACGAGGACGAGAGCAAAUCUCUGGGAGCCAUUUUCCUACCCGGCAACAAAGUUACAGAGCAUCCGAGCAGUGGCGAUGAAGCGGGAAAAUAUCUUUUUGAAGUCCUUCCAGGGGGAGACAGAGAGCGGAUGACAACCAACCAUGAGACGUACCUCCUUAUGGCCAGCACCCAGAAUGACAUGGAGGAUUGGGUGAAGACUAUCCGCAGGGUCAUAUGGGCGCCUUUUGGUGGAGGGAUUUUUGGCCAGAAGCUAGAGGAGACGGUGCGGUACGAGCGUCGCUACGGCAACAAGAUGGCACCCAUGCUCGUGGAGCAGUGCGCCGACUUCAUCCGCCAGCGGGGGCUUCUCGAGGAGGGUCUCUUCAGGCUUCCCGGGCAGGCCAACCUGGUCAAAGAGCUGCAGGAGGCCUUCGACUGCGGGGAGAAGCCCCUCUUUGACUGUAACACCGAUGUGCACACGGUAGCCUCGCUGCUCAAGCUGUAUCUGCGAGAACUCCCCGAGCCCGUCGUCCCAUUCCACAAGUACGACGACUUCCUGGCCUGCACCAAGCUGCUCAGCAAGGACGAUGACGAAACAGGUAUGAGGGAGCUGAGGAAGCUUGUGGAAGGUCUACCACCAGUCAACUACAACCUUCUCAAGUACAUCUGCAGAUUUCUUGAUGAAGUCCAGUCAUAUUCUGGAGUGAAUAAAAUGAGCGUGCAGAACCUGGCCACAGUGUUUGGGCCAAACAUCCUCAGGCCAAAAGUGGAGGAUCCAGUUACCAUCAUGGAAGGAACCGUCCUGGUCCAGCAGCUCAUGGCAGUUUUGAUCGGCCGGCACGACACGGUCUUCCCUCGGGAACAGGACAGUCCCGCCGGCCCGGCGGAGAUUGCCAACAACAACAACAUGGAUUCACCAAGGCAACCCGCGGCACAGACGAUGGUGGCACAGAACGUUGAGAACAACAACAUUCAGGCAGUGCGCCAGUGCGUCUGGGAGGCGUUAGACUCUCCUUGCCGGCAUGAGGACAGGCAAGGAUCCCCGCGCUCCGCCAGCCCUCGGAACAUUCCGGGAUGCUUCGACAACUCCCGGAGCCCGCCGCUCACAGUUAAAAAGAACCCUGCGUUCAGUAAAGGAAGUGGGAUUGUCACCAAUGGAUCUUUCAGCUCCUCGCCACCCUCCUUGGAUCCAAAUCUGGACAAGUGUCAGAUUUUGAUGAGCAACGGGAGCUUACCGGGGCGCCGAAAUGGGACACUGAAGGGCUCUGGCACAAAAAUGGGGACCAGCGGCGUUACAGGAAGCGGGAACACCAACGGGGUUCUUCGGAUGGGAGUCUCCGGGCCUGACGCGAUGGCAGCGGUCCUGAACGGACACAGUGGUCUUUGGGUACCGAACGGAUGCGUCACUUUACGGGAGGCAAACAAAGGUUUGCGCGAGUACCCGAACGGGGAUCCAUCUUGCAACCAGAACCGUCUGUCAACCAGCUGCGAGGACAAGCAGAGUGUGGACAGCGCCACCUGGUCUACGUCCUCCUGCGAGAUCUCCCUGCCGGACAACACCACGUCCUGCCGCUCCUCGACCACCACCUGCCCUGAGCAAGACUUUUACGGCUGCCACUAUCAGGACCUGGACGGCCCCAACCAGGACGGUGGCGGGGACGAGGGCCGGGAGAGCGGCAGAGAGGCGCUGCAAACGGACGAAGUGGCGAGAAACUGCAAUGAGCAUGGUGGCAAGGACGACGCGGGUGAAGGCCACAGUGCACUUCACAGCCUGGUGGUGAGUCUCAAACAAGAGAUGCUCAAGCAGAAGUCCGAAUACGAGGCCAGGAUAAAGAGCUUGGACCAGCGCAACCUGGACCUGGAGUCCAAGAUGGUGAGCCUGCACGAAGAACUGGACCAGGAGCGUAAGAAGUACACCAUGGCAGAGAUCAAGCUGCGUAACGCUGAGCGGGCCAAGGACGAUGCUGAGCGCCGCAAUCACAUGCUGCAAAAGGAGAUGGAGCAGUUCUUCUCCACCUUCAGCGACCUCACCGCCACCGGCAGCAGCUCUGCCACCGUGGACCCCCGUCGGCCCGAUCGCGGCAACCCUAUCUGGAUACAGUGAAGGUGGGCGCAAUGAACACCUUUUGAAGACUAAAAAGUUCAUUGUGACGGCUCCAAGCGGGAUUUGGCUGCCGGAUGUGGUGAGGAACUGUGGUGAGCUCUUCACCUCCACUAACAUAUCACCAAAGAAAAUGGAUUCAGAAGUAAAAGGUGCUAGAAAGAAUGUCCGUUGAGAGUUUGGAAGAUUCUAAUGGUGCAGGAGAGGAGUGAGCAAACAACAGAGGAACUUUUUCACUUCCUGGCAAGAAGAUGAGUCUGACGGUACUAGCAAAGCAGCUUCAAUGACAUAACACAACCUUUCCAGAAAUGAUUACGUAGCUAAACAUGCUAAUGUUAGCUAUGCUCGAAAAAUAGACUCACAACAGCGGGGAACGGGGAUCAGUUCCCAAUCAAUUUUACGAACAUUGGAUUUAUUGGUGGUACAUAGCAAAAUGUCUGUUUUCUUCACUUCCCCUUUUGUUUUAAUCUGCUGAAUACAGUCAGGUCGGCACUGUAAAUAAGAAUCUGUUCUCAAUUGUCUUAAAGUCAAAUGAAUAAAUUAUUAUUUUUAAUAAAUCAAAUACAGAAAGGCCUCAGGUGAGAGUUUGGAAGAUGCGCAGGCAGGAAAGGUGCAAACAACAGAGCAAGUUUUGAUUUUAUCCUCAAGGUAAGACAAGCAAUGUCACACUAUUAUGACUAAGCAGCUCCAACGAGUGUUGGCACAGACAGUAAGUAAAUAACAGAGAAGUAAUAAUACAGUAGUAAGUAAAGUUGUUUUUGUUGUGAGCAUUCUUUUACAAGCUAGCAUUGUGAACUCAUUUUGUGAGCAACAAAGCAGAACCACACCAACCCAGACGUACUGUGUGACCUGCUUGUAGCGAGGGACCUUCACUUGCACAAGUAUUUUGUUGAAAAAUUUGAACUGGAUCUACAAGGACUUGAGAGACUGAUAAUGCUAGCGGACCAACAAAAGAGUCGCUGUUCGCGACAUUCCUGCCUUCAUUCGCAAGGUUUCUCUCCAUCACUUCCUCUUUUGCCUCUGUUAGCAACUCAUGGGCCUCUUUUAGCCUCCCUUAAUUUUGCUAAUUUGCUAGCAUCACUUCAGCCUUCAUUAGCAACUUCUGCGUCCCUGUUAGCAUUCCUUUACCUCCGUUUGCAACGCUUCUGGGGGUGAUAGCAACAUUUUGGCCUGUGUUAAGUUACCCUUUUUUUAAAUCCCUUCUGCGUUCGUUCACAGCCUAUCCCUCAGCUAGCACCUUUUCCGUCUAAGUUAGCCAGUCUUCUCCACAUAUCGCUAGCUGAAGUGCAGACGUGACAUUGAAAAGCUUUCAUUCAAUAUUACAGCCAUUGGUGUACUGUAAAUGAUGAUGUCGCCUGGGGUGACGUCAAGAUGACACAUUGUGUAAAUAGAGGGCUAUUUAAAGACUCUCAAAGGCUAUGUGAUGCGCUACGUACGAAACCUUUGGAUUUCUCUCCAAGUUGUCCGUUAUGCUCGUGUACUGUACAUAAAUCAGAGAGCAGGAGGGGAACGCAUGUCUUAUUUAUAAAAAGAAAUUAAUAUGCCUAAAUUUACUAUUUAAAUGUAUGUAAAUGUUGACACUGUCUAGGUGCUUGCGCUUACAUUUGUGUUGUCUUUGUGCAUCAGGUUCAUGACCCAAAAAAAAAGCAACAGCGAGUGUGUAGCAAGGGAUGUGUAAGGUGGUGUCAACGAAGAAUCAAAUUGAGUCUAAUAACCAAAUAAACUGUUACGAGGGGGUCGUUUUUUAAACCUUCUGGUGGUCAUUGCAUUUGUGAAAGAUGUGUCUCGAUGGCAUUACAGGUAUUAGGAUUCCCACGUAGUCUCACGGCAGGACACGCCCUACUCCAAUAUUACUGGCUCCGGGACACACGCUGUUGCACUAUGAUUGGCCGCUGCUUACCUGUAGAACAUGCCCAACCCUCCAGGCGUCCAUAAUGUUUCCCACUAACGUAAACCCAUACUAAACUACUUUAAACUUAAACCUUUCCCCUAAACCUAACCAUAAUUUACUUAAUUUUUAUUUCGUAGAAAUCUGAUAGAUGUUUGUUCAUCUUGUUACAUCUGCGUAGCCUGGACUUCCCGCAACGUAGGAACCAAUCAUGUUGCAGCGAGGCGUGUCCUGCACGGAAACCCUGUAGGAAUCCUAAUAAGGCAUCCGAUGCUAGGUGGCUAUAUGUUAGCAUCUCUGUAUACUGUACAUAGUGUAAUUUCCCUCCAUUAGGCACCGUGCCCCUAUUGAUCGCAGGGUUUGAAAUGGACUUAAAGAGUCAUAAACGCCUCACUGAAGUUACCUCCGUUUGAACUGUGUUGCUAACCAAAGCAGCAGCACCUACCGAGGCAUGUUAAACUUUUUCAUUGUGCGUCCCCCUCUCCGGGAAAAUUUUUAAUAGUGAGAGGCAAAAGACUGGGACUACUGUGGAUAAGCCAGAUGUGAUACUUGAUACUCAAAGUGAAUAUAUAAAAAGACAAAUAUGAAUAAAAAUCUAUUAAACAAAUGGC